CACGCGGCAGCGUCUUUACGCACACUCAUCUGCAGUGUCAAAGUUUAGAGUUCGGGUAAAGGUCGUGUUUUGAGUUUACUCUCCUAUACAAACAAUGGCUUCCAUAAGUUGGUUAACAUGCAGGCGGUUUUCUUGGCUCGUGCGGCGGCCGCUGCUGCUGCAGUAUGUUUGGGCUCCAGCGCGAGCAAUACACCGGGGGAGCGCGCGACGCGCGGCGGAGAAAACCCCGCUGAACAGAUCACGAUCAUCACCGGAGCAACAGUACUUCACAGCGCUAGACAGAGCUGAUGCGCUGAUGCUGCGGAAGUCUCAUGAAACAGGAUUUUUGUCCUGGUUCCGGAAUGGUCUCCUUGCAACAGGAAUUGGUGUUAUUGCAUUUGCACAGAGUGAAGUGGGCCGAGAGGCCGGACACGUGUUCUUCAUCCUGGGCGGAGUGUGUGUGUCGUUCGGCGGAGCGUCAUAUGUGACCAGUCUUCUGACCCUGAGGAGGAUCAUGCUCCUCUCGCGGAUGACGGUGCUGCUCCACGCGGGCCUGGUGUCCGUCGUCGCCCUCUUCUGGCUGUGCGCGGUAUCACUCUACAUCGGCCGCCUGGAGUUGGAGAUUAUUCACGAGGAGGAUGAGGAAGAGCACAGGGGAGAUGAAGAUGGGGAAUGCGCCGAAUGCAAUGCGAGGCGCGAGAGACGCGGCGCUGAAGAGAAAGGCCAAGACAAGUGAGAAGAGAGGAUACUCCGAGUUCAAAUGGCCUUUUACACUGACCCACAGCCAGAUUACUGUAUUCACAAGCUGUUUAAACCGCUUUAAGAGAAAAGGAAACUGGUUUGUGGAGGUGGAGCAUUUAUCAACAUAACUGUCCAGUACUCUAGUGCUUGAUUUAUCAGGUCGAGUGAGUUUUUGUGUUUCUAAUAUUCCUUAACAACAGCUGUCACACUGCGUGCGCACAAAGGGUCAGUGACAUAAAUACAUAGUUUUCCUUUGCAAAAUUUUUGAUGUAUUUGGGGUGUGUGUGCUGGAACAUGAAACUUAUCAGGCAAGUAGUUGUUCAACUGUUAUAAAUGGACAUGCUCACUUUUUUAUAUAGUGACAUGAUUCAGAAAUAACAGUUGUUGUUGUUUUUUGGGGGUAACUACUUUACACUAAGGUUUGAUUUUCUAACAUUAGUUAAUGCAUUCAUAUAAACUAAUGAUAAAAACUUUUUUUUUAACAGCAUUUAGGAAUACAACAUACUUUAAUAUCAUGGUUCAUAAUAAUAGUACAUAUAAUGUUUAUGCUAAAUACUAUAUUUAAUUUAUAAUGUAUACCAAUUAUGAGUUUUAUCAUUUAGAUUUGUACAUUUAUAAUUUAAAUAUACAUUAUAUAAUUUAGAAACAUGUAUUUGAAUGUGGAGAAAUGAACAUUCAUCAAGAUGUGCUGUGAAAGUAAGUAACAAAUUGAACCUUAUUGUAAAGUAUUGUGUGCUUUUAUAAUUCAUGGUUUCUACAUAGUAUAGCAUUAUUUCAUCUAUUUAGGCCUCGUUCAGGUUGAGAUUUAUUUUUAAAUGAUUACCUCACGUCUCUCACACUUCAUUCCUGCUCUAGCGGUCGCAGUCUUAUUUAAGAAAAUCACUCUUUGCAGAUUUGAGAAGAACUUCUAGAUGUCUUCUGGCUCAUGGCUUUCACUAAACAGAGAUGUCAGCACAUCUUUUCUUUUGUUAUGCAUGAAUCCAAAGUUUAGAUAUUGUUGGUAUCUUUUUUUACAGCAUGCAGUCGUGCUGUUUGCUGUUUUAGGUGUGUAGUGUCAGGGGUGUGUGUGUGUGUGUGUGUGUGCGUCAUUCACUUUACUGGAGUGUGUCUGUGUUUACUAAUCACUGAAUCAGUGCACGCUGCACACUUGCAAUCAGUCAGCUCUAGAUCUAGAUCAACUCGUAUUUAAAAAAUAAAUGUCCCUAUUCAGAGCAAAUACACAAAUCCUGCCGGACUACAAGAAGGAAGAACUCAACCAUGUCAUGCAAAAUGUCCUUUACAGAUUAAAUUGUUGUCAACUGCUCGUUUUUCGUGUCUGUUAUUUUGGAUAAAUUAUUAGAGGUGCUAAAAUAAUUCAGGUUUAAACAAGUUAAAAGAUCAAAUAAUAAUUUGUGACCCUGGACCACAAAAGCAGUCAUAAGUCACAUGAGUACAUUUGUAGCAAUAGCCAACAAUACACUGCAUGAGUCAGAAUUACAGAUUUUUCUUUUUUGCCAAAAAUCAUUAGGAUUUUUGUACAUGAUGCUUUAUAAAUUUCCUACUGUAAAUAUAUGUAUUUAUAUUCAUAAAUACAUAUAUUGAUUAUUCGAUUUUAUUCGAUUUUCUCAAUAUUUAGCCUUUUAGAACCUCAGAUUACAGAUAUUAAAAUAGUUGUAUCUCGGCCAUAUAUAGUCCGAUCCUAAUAAACCAUACAUCAAUGGAAUCCUUAUCUAUUCAGCUUUCAUAUAAAUUGAAUUACUGGUUUUAUGUCACAUUUUACUCAUUCCUCAGAUUGUUAAAAUACAAAUGCAUUUACAUUAAUGUAUUUACAGUAGAAAACUAUGAGGCUCUGCUGUUUAUGUAUUAUUUAAAUAUGAUUAUAAUAUUUUGAAUGAGAUUUAAUUUUAGUUCUGCUAUCUGCUUUGUAAUUUUCUUAAUUAUUACAUAUUUCUAUUAACUAAUUUUCAUUUAAGAUUUUAAGUUUUUGUAAUUUUGUACUUCAACUUAUUUCAGUUAGUUGCCAAGUCAAUCUUUCUCAUUUUGGGUCAAGAUUAUAAAUCUAUAAAAUAUAUCAUUCUGCCUUAUUUUAAUAACAACACUAAUUCGGUGCAAGAUACUUCAACAUCAUAAACACUAAAAUAGCCUACGCACAUUUGAAAUAUAAUUUGCUAAAAAUGUAAACAUGAAUUGUUUAAAUAUGACAGUGAAAGGAAUCCUUGCUAACUUUGUUAUAUAUCCAUAUGGACAGAUGAAACAAGAAAAUAAAAUUGCACAGAAAAUGUUAGCAGACGAUUUAAUAAACAGCAUUACUUUUACAUUUUAUAGAUAUAUUUUAAAAUGGUGUAAUUUAAUGUUAUUGUAGUGCAUCACUUGCCUUGGACUUCCAUAGAAAGUGCAUUACAAUAAAAUUGAUUUCUGUUUGUUGAUGUAAACACCUGAAUAAGCUUCUUCCACCGUCAUUCAGAUCAGAUCUGCUGGGUUAAAACCUUCAAUGCUGAAGGUUUCUAUGACUGAUAUGGGUUAAUUAAUUACAACUGGGAAAUUGUAGUGACAAAAAAAGUUGUUAAAUCGUAAAAAGUUCAAAACAAAACGUGAGUUCAAGUUGUGUCAGAUAUCAAGGGCAGGUGGGGUCUCCUGAGGGUGGGAUUCAUGGUAAACAGACAGACGUGUUGAUCUGUAUUCGUGUGAGGUUUGUUAAUAGCGCCGGGGACUUUCAUCAGUCGUUCCUCUUUUGUUUGUACAACUUCAAAGGGCUGCUCAUUCAUUUGAUUAUUUAUUUUAAUUCUUGUCAUCCAAAAGAUUUAUUGUUGUUGAUUUCUUGUAACAGUUGCUGUUGUUGUCAUCAAACUCCAUGUAUGAAUCCUCAGAGAAAUGAUGGCAAUUAUCUGUGCACAUAAAAAUGGGUUUAAGAAUCGUCGUUGUUUGUGUUUUUGUAAAUUAAAGAACACAUUUAGAAUUGUGUUUUCGUUUAGUUUCUUGAGUCCUGAAGAGGUAGAUGACUGUCUUUGCUUUAUGACUUUUGAACUGAGAGCCUGAUUGGCUGAGGUUCAUACUUCUACCUCUGUCAUUACUUUUUUAUUAUUUUUAUGUAUAUUUAUGUUAAUGUGAAAUGCAGAACAUUCUAUAAAUGUACUCUUUUAAUACUGAUGACAUUCAAUGUAUGUUGAUUGUGAGUGUUUAUCACGAGGUUACAGACUAUUUGUUUAUGCAUGACCUUCAGUGCUAUUUACAGUACAUAAUGAGUCUAUGAAUAUGUACAUAAAUGGGGACUAUGCAAGCA